UGUUCAUUGAUUAACAUCGAUUUUUUUUCUUUGAAUAAAGUUGUCAGCGAUAAAAAAUAAAAGAAAUAAAAUGGAUACACGAAAUUCUGUUAAUUUGGGAAAAUUGGAAACGACCCUCACCGAACUAAUAGCCAGCGAAAAAAUCUACGUCGAAAAGUUAUCAUUCAUCGUUGAAGGAUAUUUGCAAGAAUUUCGAAAAACUACACCAUUGGUCCCAAUACCGGAAGAUUUAAAGAACCACAAAGGCAUAGUUGUAUUUUGUAAUAUUGAAGAUAUUUUUUAUUUCCACACAGAAAUAUUUUUGCAAAUCCUGACAAAAUAUCGCCACUGUACACUGGAACUGGGAAAGGCGAUUGUAAGAUGCGAUGCUGAAUUUCAACGCUAUGCCAAGUAUUGCAAUAAUAUACCGACUGCUGAACAUAUUGUUAAAACACAUGACAAUUACUUUAGAGCAGUUCAGGAGAAACUAAACCUCAAAUGGCAACUGAGAACCUUACUUCAUAUUCCAACGCAAAGACUUGAAGAAUAUAAAGAAAUGACAAGUGAUAUCGUUGCCAGACUCCAAGCACUUAAUGGUGAUUGGGAGACAAUGGAAGAGGCUCACGAUAUGAUUGUGAAUGUCGGCAAACACAUCUACGAGCUCAGUGCCCUGGUAGAUAUGAAAAACUACGAAGGCGACAUCUACGAUAACGGCAAAUUAUUAUAUCACGAAUAUUUGUAUUGUGAAUACGGGGGCAAGAUACAUCUACACUAUGUGUUCCUGUUCCAUCGCCUCAUGGUAUUUACCGAUAAAGUGAAAUCGAAGGAUAAGAAUGGAAUGCCCUGCUACACUUUUUGUUUAGAAAUUCCGAUGAAUAGGAUCGUGGUAAAGGAGUUGCUCAGGCGCCGAUUCUCUUUGAGUUCUACAGACUCAAAAUGUACAUUUACGCGAAUGACAUGCCAUGGCCGCACAAUGGAGGUACACAACACAUGGCUAAUUCAUUUGCGAAGACAACUGCAAAUACAAGCUGAGCUUAUAGACUGUUUGGUCAAUCCCACAUAUGGUAAUGUAAGGGAGGUGGCCAUAUAACAGAUGUAUAUCUUCUUGAUAACAAAAUACAUUUUUACAUUUUCGUU